AUGACGUGGUUUCUGACAAUGUCAGGACGUGGUAAGGGAGGUAAAGGAUUGGGGAAAGGAGGUGCUAAGCGCCACCGCAAGGUUCUGCGUGACAACAUCCAGGGCAUCACAAAGCCGGCCAUCCGGCGCCUGGCCCGCCGCGGCGGAGUCAAGCGCAUCUCUGGCCUCAUUUAUGAGGAAACCCGUGGGGUGCUCAAGGUGUUCCUGGAGAAUGUGAUCCGGGAUGCUGUCACUUACACGGAGCACGCAAAGCGUAAGACUGUCACGGCCAUGGACGUGGUCUACGCGCUUAAACGACAGGGCCGUACCCUGUAUGGUUUCGGUGGCUAAAUAGCAUUUUGGAGCUAUGUUUCCUAAAAGGCCCUUUUUAGGGCCCCC